AUGGCUGACCAAACCCAAAACCAAUCCACUUCACCUUCCACCCCUGAUCAAGUAGCCAUGCAAGAGGCAGCAUUCCUGGCUGCUAGUCGCAGGCUUGCUGCCCAAGCCCACACCAUCCCCAAACUCGCUAGAAGAUCCCGGAGAAAUCCCUUGACCGUUAGGCCUUCUGUGUUCAAGAGAGGAGGAAGCACCGAGAGCAUGCCUAGGCCAACACCUGCCGUAUCCAUUGAAAGCGAAAGGAAGAGACACGAUGAUACGGAGGUGUUUGGCAGCAUCCUAAGUACCUUGGAGCAAGAAGGUGGACUGCCCGAGGCAGGGCUAGAAGAGGCUGAGAAGGAAGAUAAGAAGAGAGGGAAGCAGCUAGAAGAGGAUAAGAAGGAAGAUAAGAAGAAGAAGAAGAGCAAGGCAAAGAAGGCUGGAGGGGCGGAGUGUUCACGUCAUUGCAAGGCAAGAAAGAACAGAGAGCAAAAGGAUGAUGAUAAAGAUGAAGAGGCCAAGAAGGAAAGGAAGAAGAAGGAGAAAAUGGAGAGAAGAUUGCGCCGACGUGAGAAGAGGCGCCUGAGAGAAGAAGAAGAAGCAAGGCAGAGAGCUACGAGCCCUGAGAAGGAUAGAGAAUCAACCUCUGUAAGGGAGAAUAGGGGGAAACGACACAGUUAA